AAUAGAGAGCAUUAGUGACACCCGAGCUCAUUUCUUAGAGCAGCCUGUUGGCUGAAAAAUGCGUGGUGUAGCCUGUGAUAAAAGUUGCGGGUUUGUGAUCAGCAGUGCGGGAUGUGAGGAGCUGAGGACGGGAUUGAAGAGGAGCAGCUGAGUGAAGAGGAGAAGAAAACUGAAGGAGUCGCUUUGUUCGCUCAAUAACGAAACCGUUACAUACCGGGCUGUGGUGUGUGUGUGUGUGUGAGAGAGAGAGUGUGUGUGUGUGGACAUGGAUAACACAGAGAAGGAAAAUAAAUCUGAGGAUGAGCCAGAGUCUCCAGAGGACGAAGAAGUUGAUCCGAGGAUUCAGGGAGAGCUGGAGAAACUGAAUCAAUCCACAGAUGACAUUAACCGAUGGGAGACGGAGCUGGAGGACUCAAGGCAGAGGUUUCGCGCCGUCCUGGUGGAGGCCACAGUGAAACUAGACGAGCAAGUCAAGAAGAUCGGCAAAGCCGUGGAGGAAUCCAAACCCUACUGGGAGGCACGGAGAGUGGCUCGACAGGCUCAGGUGGAAGCUCAGAGAGCCACACAGGAAUUCCAGCGAGCCAUAGAGAUCCUGAGAGCAGCCAAAGAAACCAUCGCUCUGGCCGAGGAGAGACUUCUGGAGGAGGACAGCCGGCAGUUUGACUCAGCCUGGCAGGAGAUGCUCAACCACGCCACCCAGAGGGUGAUGGAGGCGGAGCAGAGCAGGACACGCAGCGAGCUGGAGCACAGAGAGACAGCGGCCAAAUACAACGCAGCCAUCGGUCACAUGAGACAACUGGAGAAGAAACUCAAACGUACCAUCAGCAAGUCACGGCCAUAUUUUGAACUGAAGUCCAAAUAUUAUCUACAGCUUGAGCAACUGAAGAGAAAAGUGGACGAGUGCCAGGCUAAACUGUCCCAGGCCAAAGCGGAGUACAGGACGGCUCUGCGCAACCUGGAGUCCAUCUCAGACGAGAUCCACGCUCGCAGACGUCUCGCAGCCAUUGGGCCCCGCGGCUGCGGCGUCGGCGCAGAGAAAGACGCAGGCACCGGUGAUGACAUCAGCAACUUCAAAAUGGAGUCUGACAGCAUUUCCAUGAUAUCUGAGACCUUUGAGGAAGAAAACUCUAAUGGUUCCGCCUCAGAUGAAGAUGCAGAAACUCAGUCCAGAUGCAGCUUGAACUCUAACUCGGCCCCUCUGGACGUUCCCCGUCCAUAUGUCCCCUCCGGCCCUUCUCCGUACCCUCUACUCUCAUCCUCAUGUCCUUUCACCUCCUGCACCUCUCUUAACUCGUUCUCACCCUGCCCCGGAGGUGUAGAGCUGCCCAGCCCGGGCUCCCUGGAGGGCUUUGACCGUGUCUCACCUGUUCUGGGACCUCGGAGUGAGUGCAGCGGUGCUUCAUCACCUGAGUGUGAGCAGGAAAGAGGUGAAAGAGCAGAAGGUGCUGAGAGAAAACCAGAAAACACUACACGGGCCAGCGGUCUGAAGAGCACUACCUUGGAGGAGGGUGUGAGACGUCUGUCUCUGCAGCACACAGAAAAGACUAAGACAGAGAGAUUCGCUGCUGCUGCCGCCCCUCUGCUGCUGCUUAACUCUGUUUAAACUAAACGAAGGACCUGACGGGGUUUGUCCGAGCUCCUGAGUACUUGUGCAAAAGCAUCAUGUGUGAAAGGAAGCUUUGUGUUCAGCGCUACACUCUUCUUAUAGACUGACAGACACUGCACAGGGAGGCACUUCUCACUGAGGAAAAGAAGGGGAAUCUCAAGACAGAUCAACUAAUGACUAUGCAGACAUUUGCCUCGAUGUAUUCCUGGUGUCGUAGAAUAAAUGGCCACGUCUUCCUGACCUGCAUCACAGUGCCAGGCUGGCUGUGUUACUCUUGUGUGUCGAGUCUCGCAGUGUUAACGUGUAUAAUAUGUCGGCUGUGUUGAAUAGUAAGCCUACGUACUUUUCUCUGCAGCUAUACUCUCUCAGUAUUUAAUCCUACAUGUUAGUACAGAACUAUGAACUAAAGUAGCAAAUAAAUUUAUAUUUAUAUUCAGUCUUGUUACCAUUGACCAAUGCGUUGUUGUGGCACAUUAAUGUAUAACUGUAAUAAAAAAUAAGCUCAUGGCACACGCCAUGUUAAGUGUA